AUGGAGCGCAUGAACUUUAUAAAGAUUGAUGAUAUAGUGCUGCUGUUGGUCCUAAUUGAUGGUGGCAAUUCAGUGAAAAAGAAAAGAGAACAGAAGAAUGAAGACAUUUAUGAGGAACAAGAAGAAAUGCAAGUCGAUGAAGUACAGUCCUUCGGACUUCAUCCAGAGAGCACUCUAAAAUUACACCAAGGACUUUCAUUUUGUGGUCAUGAUGAAUGUGAACAUUUAAGCAACCAAAAAAAUUAUCUAGAGCUCUUGCAUUUUCUGUCCAGAAAUAAUGAAACUAUUAAAAGAGCUACUUUCAAUGAAGCUCCUAAAUUUAACAAAUUGACUUCUCCAGAUAUUCAAAAAGACAUUACUCAAGCUGCUGCAAAAAAGAUUACAAAUGAUCGAUUUAAAAUGAUAAGAGAGAAUGAUUGGGAAUCUUUACUAGAAGUGUCAUCUUUUUGCAUCAAACAUGAUAUUGAUAUUCUAAACAUAGAUGAUGAGUAUAAGUUUCAGGACCUUAUAGUACUUGGUGACCAACUUGAUACAUAUAUUAGUGAUCUACGUGGUGAUGAUAAGUUCUCUGGUAUUGAAGUUAUCAAAUUAUUAUUACUUCAACUAGUUACAACUGCUACAGUGGAGAGAGUUUUUUCUGUUAUGUAUAUUGUGAAGAGUAUAUUGCAGAAUAGGAGAUAA